AUGUUCCGAUCAACAGUUUUGAUGAGAUUCCAAGAUGUCAUUAAGAAGUUUAGUGAGUCGGCUUCAUCCAUUGCCGGCGUCGGCGAAGAAGAACUUCAUGAGCAGGCCGCCAUGUUUAUGAAUGUUCUCGACUCGGCCUUUAAGAUGGCAGAGCAGAACAUUACAGACCAUGUCAAGAACCCUUUGUUCUGGAAUCUUCGCGACGCUUUUAUCCAAAGAGAUCUUAAAGGUCUUACGAAGGAACUUCAGUAUUCUUUCCAGUCAUUCCUCAUCCGGCAGCGAUUCUCAAAGAGCCUGGAGGAGAGCCACAAGCGACUGUUGGACUUUCGAUUCCCCUAUGAAUGGUUUCCUGCUACUAGGGCGAUGCAGCGUACAAUCCAUGUCCACGUUGGACCGACAAACUCCGGAAAGACGUACAGAGCUCUCAAAGCUUUGGAGAAUUCCAAGCGAGGAGUCUAUGCUGGUCCCCUACGUCUGCUAGCGAACGAGGUUCAUCAGCGUUUAACGGCCAAGGGAUUACCGUGUGCGCUACUGACAGGAGAGGAAGUGCGCUUACCGGAAACUACUGAUACAUAUUUCACGAGUUGUACAGUGGAGAUGGUUCCCCUGAACGAUCGAUUCGAUGUGGCUGUCAUCGAUGAGAUCCAGAUGAUUGCUGAUCCGGAUCGUGGGCAAGGCUGGACAACAGCAUUGUUGGGUGUCCAGGCCAAAGAGGUCCAUCUCUGCGGUGAAGAGCGGACAGUCAAGCUGAUCGAGAGUAUCUGCGCCUCUAUCGGCGACAAGUGUAUUGUGCACCGAUAUGACCGACUUAGUCCUCUUGAGCCCAUGGAUAGAUCUCUGGGAAAUGACUUUGGCCUACUCGAGAAGGGUGACGCAGUUGUUGCCUUUAGUCGCAAGAAUCUACAUAUACUCAAGAAAACCAUUGAGAAGAAGACUGGCCGGCGAUGUGCUAUCAUCUAUGGAACUUUACCGCCCGAGGUGCGCGUUCAGCAAGCAGCCCUAUUCAACGAUCCUGAUAACGACUACGAUUUCAUUGUCGCCAGUGACGCCAUUGGUAUGGGGUUGAAUCUCGAGAUUCGGAGAGUCAUUCUUGAAUCAGUUGCCAAAUACGAUGGCAGUCAAAACAGAAUGCUCUCGUUCCCUGAGCUGAAACAGAUCGGAGGUCGUGCUGGACGAUACCGAACUGCUCGCCAUGUCACCCAUGGCGAAUCAAGCGCUGAUGCUGUUGCCCAAGAGGAAACUAAGGUUGGCUAUGUCACUACAAUGGAACAGCAGGAUCUUAGAUCGGUGCAUCGGGCUUUCAGUGCUGAGAUUGACGAUAUCGAGUCAGCAUACAUUACCCCUCCGGCUUCUGUUGUCGAACGUUUCUCAACAUACUUCCCCAAGGGCACGCCUCUAUCGUUCAUCCUCAUGCGCAUUCGAGAGCUUUCAUCUGUGAGCAAGCAGUUCAAGCUCCACGUUCCUCCAGAUAAGCUCGAGGUUGCCGAUGAGAUCCAGGAUAUUCCAAUGACGAUAUACGACCGACUUACCUUUACCAACUUGCCUGUAUACUCACGUGCCGAGGGUGCCUUCGAUGUUCUUCGCGCCCUCGCCCGCAUCGUUUCCAGUAGCAGCAGUGGAGAGCUACUGGCGAUCAAAGAGAUCCCACUCGAGAACCUGGAAAUCGAUUUCAAGACUUUUAAAGGUCAGCCAAUGGCUUAUCUGCACAAGCUCGAAUCUCUUCACGCAGCUAUCAACCAGUACAUCUGGCUGUCGUACCGUUUCAGUGGCAUGUUCCGAGACCAGAAGCUUGCGUUCCACGUUCGUUCACUAGUUGAGGAAAAGCUGAUAGACACUCUGGAUAGACUCGACUUCACCGAGUCCGAUCUGGAGAGUACCCGCAAGAGGCUCAGAUACGAGGCGUUGCGGAGGAAGUCGACUCGCAAGGUGUUGGGAGAGGGAGACCUCAAAGAUGUCGAACAGGAGUCGGACGACACGCCUCUUGAUGACACGUCUCUCGAAGAUAUGGACUGGAAGGCAUCCUCCCCAACAUCGGGAUGA